AUUGUGGCUACAAUAUCUCUACGUAUUUUCAGAGACCUUGAUUUAGAGCCAGAAAGAGAGGUUCAGGAUUUUCUAGCUCUUUGCAGAAGAAUGAAGCUUGUGCUGGGGACCUUUUACCUUUUGGGGAUGCUGGUUCCUCAGAAGCUAGGAUACGAUAGAUCCUUAGCAUUGCACGGAAAACAGGUUAUGGCCACAACAGUGAGUCUGGGCAAGAGCCUGGAGAUCUAUUCCUAUACCAAAUACCACUCCAUGGCAGAGAUCUAUGAGUGGAUGAGCCAGGUCAGUGAGAAGUUCGCAGAAGUGGUGACACAGCAUUUCCUAGGGAUGACUUAUGAGUCCCGACCCAUGUAUUAUCUGAAGAUCAGCCAACCCUCUAGCAGCCCCAAGAAGAUCAUUUGGAUGGACUGUGGAAUCCAUGCCAGGGAGUGGAUUGCCCCUGCUUUUUGCCAGUGGUUUGUGAAGGAAGUUCUCCAAAACUACAAAGACAACUCAAGGAUAAGCGUGUUUCUUAAGAACCUGGACUUCUAUGUGCUUCCAGUUCUUAACAUAGAUGGUUAUAUCUACACUUGGACAACUGAUCGACUGUGGAGGAAAUCCCGUUCAUCCCAUAAUAAUGGCACAUGUUUUGGAUCAGAUCUCAACAGAAAUUUCAAUAUAUCCUGGUGUAGUACUGGUGCAUCUAAUGACUGCCAAAGCAUAACAUUCUGUGGGACAGGACCAAAGUCUGAACCAGAGACUAAAGCUGUCGCUGACCUCAUUGAGAGCAAGAAGGAAGACAUCGUGUGCUUUCUGACCAUACACUCUUAUGGUCAGCUUAUUCUUGUACCAUAUGGCUACACCACAAAUAAAUCAAGUAACCAUGAAGAAUUGAUUCGAGUUGGACAGAAGGCAGCAAAUGCAUUGAAAGCAAAGCAUGGAACCAAUUAUAGAGUUGGAUCGAGUGCAGAUAUUUUAUAUCCCACGUCUGGAUCUUCAAGAGACUGGGCUCGAGACAUUGGGAUCCCUUUCUCCUACACAUUUGAACUGAGAGACAAUGGUACCCAUGGGUUUAUUUUGCCUGAAGAUCAGAUCCAGCUGACCUGUGAAGAAGCCAUGGAGGCUGUGCUCUCAAUCUUGGAGGAUGUACAUUCAAAACACUGGCUCUCUAGCAAUGCUAGGAAGGUGACGUCCACCUCUGUGGUCCUGAGCCUGAUGUGGUUCUUCCAUUCUCUGCUCUAAAUGCAUCUUACCCAGGCCCACUCAACUUUAGUGACGUGGAUGUGAUUGGAGGGAAUGUGUAGGUGGCUGUAGAGAAACCAAAUCAUUGAACUAAAAAU